GAGUCUAAUUGGUCUAUCUAUCUAUAAAACGUUACUACUGGGAGAUUAGAUUCUUAUCAUCUCACUUUGUUCGAUCCUCCUCUAAAAACUCAUCCUUUCAUAUCUUUUAGCUCCCAAAGAGAUCUCUCAUGGCGAUGUCUUUCUCAGGAGCUGUUCUCACUGGCAUGGGUUCUUCUUUCCACAGCGUAGGAACCAAGCAGAGCAGCGUUGGUGCCGUCGGAUUUGGCCGAAAGAGUGAACUUGUCGUCGUUGCUCAGCGCAAGAAGUCGUUGGUAUACGCCGUUAAAGGUGACGGCAACAUCCUCGAUGACAUCAACGACGCGACAAAGAAAGCUUCAGAUUUUAUGACGGAAAAGACAAAGGAAGCUUUGGUGGAUGGUGAGAAAGCAAAAGACUACGUUGUUGAGAAAACCAUUGAAGCCAAUGAGACGGCGACUGAUGAAGCUAAGAAAGCUUUUGAUUAUGUGACUGAGAAAGGCAAAGAAGCCGGAAACAAGGCGGCUGAGUUCGUAGAGGGUAAAGCAGGAGAGGCUAAGGAUGCAUAAAGUAAUUAGGCCCUGAUUUAACCACUCUUAAUUAUGUUACAAUAAGAUCAGUUUGUACGUGUUAAUUUUUGUUUUUUCACCAUUUGAAAAUUGAAAAUGAAGAUCUGUUAGUUACUCCAAAA